AUGACUGAGACUGCUGCUCCCCCUAUUCAGGACGGCGAUGCCGAUUUACGAGCUCUUAUCCGCUUGUCAAUGUCGAACAAGUUAUUCGAGUAUACAUCGCACAUAUUGUCCCCAAUAUCAACAUCAUCUUCCUCGGAGAAAGGUGAUUUUGACAUCUCAAGUACAAAUUCAGAUGCCCCUACUAGACCUCCCCCACGCGACCAUGGAGUCUCCUUUUUCAGAGAAAUAGUUUUUAAGGAGGAGAAGGUGUCUAUCAUCGUCAGCCAGGGGUUGACAAGUGUUUCUUUAUCGGACCCCUCGUCCUCAGGCACGAGUACUCCGUUGAACGAUGAAAGAGAACCUCUUAUCCCGAGAUCUCGUGGUAGUGGUGGUGCUAAGGGCAUAAAGCCGUUAUCGAUUCUUCAUCGUAUUCGUGGGGUACUAGUGUACCAACCAUCUCACAUUAAAUUAUUUGGUCUAUCUUAUCAGUGCCCGCCGAUCUUGACAUGCAUUGUAACCACCUGCUACUAUGCUUUAAACGUGUUUUAUGCAUUCCAUAGAAUUCCAUUUCAUCCGUUGAAGAUGUUUGUUUUCGCAGAUCGGCUUGGCCUUGUCUUUGUUUCAAACCUGCCACUGCUGUACCUGAUGGCCGCUAAGAACUGCCCAGUUAAGUUACUCACGGGGUGGAGUUACAAACAACUUAAUGUGCUCCAUAGAGCUGUCGGGAGGGUUUGUAUCACGACUGCUAUUGGUCAUUUUGCAACUUUCAUAUGGGUUUGGGAUAAAACAUAUAACCUCCUCUCCUUCCGUCAAUUCGUGUCAACCCCAGUCAUUUUUCUCGGUUUACUAGCCUGGGUUUCCUACCUCCUCAUCAACGUCACCUCCAAAGAGGAGUUCUACGAGGUGUUCCUGUUCGUCCAUGUCCUCCUUCAGACAUUCGCACUAAUAUUUCUCUAUUUCCAUCACAAGGGCUCCCGUCCCUAUGUCUUGGUCUGCAUAUUCAUCUUCGUAACCGACAGAAUUGUCCUCCGCCUUACAAUCCGCUCCACGCGGGCGGCUGGAACAGUUACGAUUCUCCCAGAUAAGAAGACCUUCUUGAUCCGUGCCCGCGAUGGCUUCUCAAAGAAAUUACUUGAGGCAGCUGGUAGUGGGUCUAGUGAGUUCACCGCAAUCGUGGACGGACCUUACGGGUCCUGCUUCGUGUAUGAGUGUCUAUGGGACUCCGAUGUGGCGUUACUGGUUGCUGGCGGCAGUGGUAUUGUUGUCAUCUAUCCUCUUGUGCACGAGCUUGCCAUCACUAUCACUAGCACCGGGGAUGAAGAACACGGGACAGGCCUGACGAGAGGAAAUGAUGCUCCGAAGAGAAUCGUUAUGGUUUGGGUCGUGAGGGAAGAAUGUCAGCUGUCCUGGCUACAUGGUGGCGAAUUAGUGGAUCUACGGAAGUUGGGCGUGGAAAUUGUGACACAUGUAACCCAAGGCAACGUUCUUGUCGGUAAGCGGCCUAAAAUGGGGGACGUGGUGGAGGAUGUGGGGAGUGAUUUGAGGAGCAGUGGUCGAGGAUGUGAUUCGAGGAGCGAUGGUGGUCGUGGGUGUGGUUCCAUGGGUGUGGUUGUUUGUGGUCCCUCGGACAUGGUUCGUGAUACACGAAACUCGUGCGCGGGGAUGAUGAGACGGGGGCUGGACGUUAGGAUCAGAAGGUAA